UCCGACUUUGAUGCUAUCUAACUAACAUUGCUGAUUAUUAUUUUUCCGUUUACUCUUACUCCUUUACUGUUACUGUUUCUUUGCAACAAUGAAGAAGCCAUCACAGAGAAAUAAUGCAAAUUAACCACGAAUAAUUAGAAGUUGGUGACUAUAACCAAAGAAGCUAUAACGUAUAUAGAUUAGCAAGAUCUAUACGAUUAAAGAAAGUUCAGUUUAUAUUAGUGAACGAAACCGAACGGGCAUACAGGUAUAGGACAUAUAAAGGUUAAGCCGCGAUAAAUCGUACCAAAAUAUUUUUGUUCGAUAUCCAGAACAUGGACGAGUUUCUCCAAAUCAAUUGGAAUCCUCCACUUGAGGAUAUGCUCGAAGGUGAGUUUGUCAAUGCAGACAGAUUGAUGCAGGAGGGAAAAAUGUACCAAGCGUUGAGAAGCAGUUUCCGUGAUCCUUUCCUCAAUAUACACGAAGACUUUGAUCACCUUGUUACUAAAGAGCUUAUUUCAAAACUUAAGCCCAAAAAAACUGCAUCCAUGAGGUCAGAACAAAAUUUACAACUACAAAGCUCUGCGACUGAACCCCAGCAAGAUCCAACACAAUCGCAAGAAUCUGACAAAGAGCAGCAAGAAAUUCGGAAGAGGGAGUAUGUGCCUGGAAUUUUGAAAAAUCCUUUGACGUUUCCAAAACAAUCCGAAUUAACCGUCCAACAGCAUGCUUUGUGCCUCAAGGUUCUACUUAGAUUUUCUUCCUCUGAAAAACCUUCGCUCACUGCCGCUGAUAAGGAAGAAUUGCAAACUUAUAUGAACUUAAUGCCAAUUAUAAAAAAGGAACAAGAAACUUUUUUAGAGUUGGUUAAAAGUAAUUGGGAUGCUUCGACAUUUGAAAUUCAAGAAGAAGAAUUUAUUAACGAGCAAUGGAAAAGAAAAGUGAAACUGGUCGAUUCGUUGCCAAGAUAUUACACAGAAAAGGAAAAUAUUCCUUUCAUAUCACCCAUAGAAACUGUUGUGAAUAUUCUAUCAAACUGCCUAGAAAUGGGAACUGUGCCAAAGAUUUUCUUGCCAAAAUUCACGAAACGCGUUCUCAUGCCUCCAAAUACGACAAAAAUAAAUCAACGAUUUUUCUCCAUCGAUUCAAGCAAAGGUCCUCAAGAAAACGUGAUUUUUAAAACUCCUGUGAGUCAGGAUCCAAAUUGUGAGAAGUUGGCAGGAAUACAUGAUGUUAAUAUGGUCAUUUCAUCGGGUGGGCUCAACUGUCUGGCACUGAACAUUGAACCGAACAUCACUACAUCGUGGAUUUUACCAGUUGUCAUAAAACGCAUUAAUGACAAAAAUGUUGUUUUUGUUGAUAAACCCUUGCCACCAACGGGACUAAACGUAUUGCAGAAAAAUGCUUGGAUACAUAAGUAUAAUGUGAAAUCAUACUUAGCCCAUCCUUUCCAUUGCGGCGCUCCUAGGCUCGACAGUAAGCAUGAAAAAGUGGAAACAAAGGAAGAUGACGAAUCACUAAACGAAGGAAUGGAUAUCGAGCACUUGGAAGACGAACAGGAGAACAAAAAUCCCCCAGAAACCGAAGAAAAAGCUGAAAAUUAUAUUCUUCCACCAUCGGGACAUAAUCUCUUUUACAGAUUAUUCAGCAUUAACGCCUCCGAUGAGUCUAAGAAUGAGCUUAUGAAAAAUAGAGUGGAUAAAACUUAUAAACUGUUGGUUCGCACAAAGAUGGAUGGAAUUUUGCAGAAAGCACAUACCGGUGAGGAGUAUUUGACUAUGAUCGCAGCAAAGGUCGAGCAUCAAUUAGCGCUAGGAGCUGAAGAGGUAUCUGUGGAAGAAGCUCUCAAACAAUGGAUGUCUUUAACAUUCAGACCUGGUACAAGUCUCUUACGCGUGAGAAUGGAAGCGAAGAGUAUGGAAUUUAUCCAGUUUGAAAAAAGAACCGCCGCCUCGGUAAACAAUGAAAUAAAAAGCCUCUACGGCCUGAAAACCGACUCCGCUUUGACAUUACUUUACAACGUUGUGGACAUAAUGUCUGCAAUGAAUCCUGGUCAUUAUAUCAUCAGACAUACUCCGCGCAAUGGAGCAUUCGCGUGUGUGUAUCAAACGGUCGACGAACCGGGAAAAAACGUAUUCGAUUUACAAACACUUUACUGGGGUGACGAAUUUCCUACGAUACCAAAUCCACCGUGGCCACCUAUAGACAAAUCUGUUGUCACACCCGCAUUGAAAGUCUUUAAUCGAAUGCCAGCCAUGUUUUAUCCGUCACGAUAUAAACAGAAGAAAAAACCUCGAGGUGGAAAAUGUGACCGAGGUGCAAGAGGCGGGAGAGGUGGCAGAGGUGGCAUGGGCGGCAGAGGUGGCAAAAAAAGUGGUAAAGGACGGAAAAAAGGUGCGACCAAAAUACCAGAUCGUGAGCAAGAGAAAAAAUCUUCGAACCCCGAAGGAUAAGUCAUUUCAUGGAGAGUACGCUCCCGCUUCUGGAGGAGAAAGGACAAAAGACUGCGUGUUAAUCGUAAAAACAGAAAAGCACAAACAACUGCCGGUGCAAGUUGAACGAAACUAACCCAUAAACGAAAUAUUGUGAUGAAACAAAAAGUUUUAGUUCCGUUAUUAUAUUCAAUAUAUUCGGAAUAAUGAUGAAUUACAGAGAUAUAGAAUCUCAAGUUGGGAUGAGCAUUGAAUAGAUAUGUUGGUGAUUGAGGAAUAUUUUCGCACCGGUUUGCUCGUCUAUCUCUGGUCAAAAUACUUGUGGCAACAAAUAUUGGAAAGAAGACAGAGAAACGUUUUUCAAGCGUAUAAAAUAGCACCAGUCGAGAUACGGAAUAUAAUAGACGAAGAUGAAUACGAGAAUCUUCGUAGGGCAGCUUUGCAUCGAUCGGGUUUCGAAAUUUUUAAGGGUACUCUCGACAUUGGUAUUGCUACGGUAUGGUUUUGAUAAUUAAGUGUUAAGUAAUUUACAGUGUUUCCAUUACAAAAUUGAAUGCGUACGAAAUGAAUAAGAAAGUACAUGCAAGGUGCGAAUUUGUAUUGAAAUAUUUUUGAAUACACACUUAACAACGAAA